AGGUUGAAUUAGCGAGCUUCUUCAAUCACAUUGCAAUGGUCCCAUGCCAUCCCCUAUUCCUAUUGCUGCUAAACCCCAGAAGAAAGCCUUGUUAUCAUUAUAAGCCCCAUUUUCUGAAUGAAGAGGAACAUCUUACUCCCACUGGGGGGAAGAAGAUCGGCAAUCGCUUUGCGAACAUACUCGUCACUUUGCGAUCGUUUGCACCGCGAAUUAACAUCACGGAUACUCCCUUUGACCUUUGAUUAUCUACAUACCCAACCUUCCCAUCUCCUGAGCUUGACAUUAGCUGACCUUCUUCCGGGGCCUCUUGUAUCGUCGCAUAUUCAUACGGCCCUCCCCUCGGUCACUCGUGCAUUUCGUAUGCCGGCCGGCCAUCACUUGGCUUAUUUUCCUCCGCAGGUUACACUAUCACAGUUACUACCAGAUGGUACUGAUGUCUUACAUAGUCCCGGUGAACCUUUUGAAAGGCGUCUAUGGGCGGGUGGAAGUGUCAGGUUUCCCGUCACAAGAGGUCUACUUCUUAAUGGCGCUCGAGCUGUCUGUAUCGAAACAAUUCGUGACGUGAUAGUCAAGGGACAUGAAGGAGCGGAGAAAGUGAUAGUUAAAAUAGAGAGGCGAAUGGGCGUGGUACAAGAGGGGGAGGGGGAGGGCAGUAUCAGGGAGCGGGUAGGGAAAGAGACUGGAGACGAAGCUGGCCAUGCUUUGGUCAUUGAAAAUAGGAAUCUGGCUUUUAUGCGGAAGAAAACACAAGGUGAACUGAAUUAUGACAAGAUGAAUUUUAAUAACUUUCAACGAGUUAUAAAACCUCCUUCUAGCCCCGAAUAUCGCCUUCAAAUCAAGCCGACAAGGUCAUUGCUGUUUCGCUUCUCUGCUCUCACGUUCAAUGCUCAUUCCAUUCACCUGGAUGAAGCUUAUACUCAGAAUAUAGAAGGUUUCCGGAACCUGCUAGUGCAUGGGCCGUUGACUCUGACAUUGUUGCUCGCCGUCCUUGAAGCACAUCUCGCCAAAUCAAACCAGAUCAUCAGGGAACUUGACUAUCGAAAUUUGGCUCCUCUUUAUGUUGAUGAGCCUCUAACCAUCUGUGGCAAGCCAAAGUCUGGAAAGGACAAUGCAGUAUGGGAUGUAUGGAUUGAAGGAAAGAACGGAGGCCUGGCAGUACGCGGUACUGCUUUUACAAGCACAGUGUAAGGAAUGGGCUUCACGUCUUUAUAUCACCACGAGCACUGUCUCGAUAUACAGUUUCCCGGCACAAGCUAGUGUGCAUCCCCUUGGGUAAGGAACUCAGUAUCCAUGCUUCCAGGAGAUGGAAUCCACGACUUGAAGCAAAGCACUAGUAUAGAAGUUCGGCCGCCAUGCUACGACCUUGAUCUCUUCUACAACUAUGCAGCCUAAACCAUUCAUUCAUCAUUAGAUUGUUGAUAUGAUCAUCAUUUUAAAGCCAACUUUAUGGAGGAGCCAUGGAAAGU